CUCCGGUAACUCCUCGUCGGAAGUGUCCCCGCUGGUAGCUCGUUCCAGGUCAAGCCCUCGAGCGCCCUGAAGUUGGAGGGACUCCUUGAGAACAUUCGCCAAUGUGGACAAGGCACUCGCAAAAAUCGGCUCCAUUUUCUGUUCUCGCUACACACGCCCGCCGUCGAGCCCAGGAAGCCCUCUCUAGGUGACAUGAUAUGUAAGGAGAUUUCCGGAGGCAACUAUGUUUUGCCUGGGGAACUGCCACGAAGGAAGAGGAAGGCAAUCGCGAAGCGCAGCAAGCUGAAGGGCGAUGGAGUUGAGGUCCAGAAUGCCAUGAGUCAAGCUCAGAGCCCGUGCCCGGUGCUUAAGGGCCAUGAACAGGUCUAUGGCGAGAAUGAGAAUCUGAGGUUGCAGCUGGCUCAGAAGACGAGCGAGCUCAAGCAGGAAGAGAACCGUAGGCUCAAGUUAGAGUUGCUUCUGAAGGCGAAGGAGAUGGAGUCCCUGCGGAAGGAGAAUGAAGAGCUGAAAGCUGAGAAUGAGCAACUUAGAAAGAAUCCUGCAGUUGUUUUGCGUAUUUCCAACUCAUUGCUAGCAUUAUCUACUCUUAGUGCGUAA